GCCCGUCACAAUGCGCGAACCGACCAUCGUUGGGUCAACAAUACCGAAGAAAAGCGGAUCUUCUCGGCAGAGGUUGGGAGACAUUGCCCGUGGCCGGGUGACGAAGAUGAUUGACACGAUCCGCGGUCUGCUCAAUGCCACUCGCAGAUCGGUGAAUUCUACUCGCAAGGGAAAAGAGAGGGAGUACCUCGGUGGCUAUAUAGCCGGCUACGGAACCGAUCAUUUCAGUUUCGAAGUCCUCACUUAGGAUUUGUCCACUUUCCCCUUUAGCGGCGCCCCGACCAGCUCCCCGAUCAGCUCUAUCUCGCGACGAUGAGGCCGGCAAACAUUUGAGGUCGGUAUCUCCGGAUCCCCGUGCGCUGAUCAGAUAAGGAGACGCAUCGGCCUGCUUCGAAGCUUCCAGGAAAACGAUGCUGCGCCGCGUUAUCAACGAUUAGGAGAACAGUGGGAUAGGGGAUCAGUGAUCGGUAGUGAUCGUGAUCAGUGAAAGCCAGCUUCUGAAAGAGCGAGGGUACCCCCGAAGUUAUCCAAGGUGUUUCCGGAUCUUGUGAUAGAGGAUCGCGGCCAAGAUGCCUCCGCAGGAGAAGUUCGGGACGCCUGUGCCGCUGGAUAAGGAGAACAAUGCUGGUGCUUGCCAGAGCUCUAUGAAUCUGGAGGUCCCCGGUGCCAGGCAGGUUGCCAAGGAUGCGAAGGACGAAGCGAGAGACAUGGAUUUCGACGAGUUGCUACCUUAUGUCGGGGAAUUCGGGAUUUAUCAGAGGAUCCUGUUCAUCCUGAUGAUACCGUUCGCCUCGUUCGUCGCCUGGGUGUACUUCUCGCAGAUCUUCAUCACGCUGAUACCGGACGAUCACUGGUGCUGGGUGCCGGAACUUGGGAACCUAACCGUGGACCAAAGACGCUCGUUGGCGGUGCCAAUCACCCACGAAGGUUACUCGAGAUGCAGCGUGUACGAUGUAAAUUACACCGAGAUCAUGCUAAAUGGAAACCAUGCGCCGGACCCGUCCUGGCCGACGAAAAGCUGCCAGCACGGAUGGGAAUUCAAUUACACCACCAUCCCUUACGCGACCGUUGCCACGGAGUUAGGAUGGGUGUGCGAGUAUAGUGCGUUGCCGACCACAGCGCAGAGUAUCUUCUUCAUCGGCGCUAUCUUUGGAGGGCUGAUCUUCGGCUGGAUAGCCGAUCAGUAUGGCAGGAUACCGGCUUUGAUCGGCGCCAAUAUGAUGGGAUUUUUAGCUGGAGUUGCUACAGCGUUCUCCCAAAGCUUCUGGCAGUUCACAUUGUGCCGUUUCUUCGUUGGAUUCGCCUUCGAUAAUUGCUUCACUAUGAUGUACAUAUUAGUGCUGGAAUACGUGGGACCAAAAUGGCGGACGUUCGUGGCGAACAUGUCGAUAGCGUUGUUUUUCACAUUCGCUGCAUGCAUUCUGCCUUGGAUCGCGUAUUUCUUAGCCGACUGGCGGAUGACCUGCAUCGCCACAUCGGUUCCUCUUGUUUUGGCAGUGGCGACGCCAUGGUUGAUACCGGAGAGCGCUCGAUGGCUAGUGAGUCAAGGUCAAGUGGACAGAGCCAUUACGAUCUUGGGGAAAUUCGAGCGGAUGAAUGGCACCAAGGUGCCCGACGAUGUGUACAAACGAUUUCGGGAAACCUGCGCCAAGAUAAUGAAAGAAGAGGAAGCGGAAAGAACGUACUCCGUGCUGGACUUGUUCAGAACUCCACGUCUGCGGAACAUCACUAUCUUAUUUAUUGUUAUAUGGAUGGCGAUCUCUUUGGUGUUCGAUGGUCACGUACGGAACGUUGACAACUUAGGCUUGAAUGUGUUCGUGACAUUCACAAUUGCGGCAGCGACAGAGCUACCGGCUGACACAUUCCUCACAGUCGUUCUUGACAGGUGGGGUAGAAGGUGGCUGGCCUGCGGCUCGCUGGUCGUUUCCGGAAUCUUCAGCAUCUGGGCUUGCGCUGUCUCCAAUAACAUAUACUCAGCCACGCUAGCCAUCCUAGGGCGAUUUUGGAUAAACAUAUCCUACAACAUAGGGCUUCAAUACGCAGCGGAAGUGCUACCGACAGUGGUCAGGGCCCAAGGCGUAGCCCUGAUACACAUCAUGGGAUACGUCGCUAGCAUUUUAGCUCCUUUCGUAGUCUACCUCGACGUGGUCUCGUCUGUCCUGCCGCUUCUGCUGUUAGGCAUCAUCGGAAUCGCUGGAGGUCUGAUGACCCUGUUCCUGCCGGAAACGUUGGACAAGGAUCUUCCGCAGACGCUGCAGGACGGCGAGAACUUCGGCAGAGAUCAGAAGAUGUGGGACGUUCCCUGUCUUCGAAGGAAACCGGAAACGGAGGAACCACCGCCGACCUUCAAGACCUUCUCACGCGGCAGCGUGAGGAACUCGAUGAGAGCGUCCCUUCGCGGGGAGACCUUGCGGAGCAGCAUGAUCCGAAGGUCGAGCGUGAAGUCGAGAACCGAGAGCACCAAUCCGGGAUCGGAGGUGGAAAGAUUAUAGCGAAACGUUCCCAGCGACGUAUCGGUCACCAUGGUGCCGGCCAGGAGAUCUGUUACCUUCGAGAGUCGCGUGGAACUGAUGUCGUCCGAGCUACCGAGACGCGAGCAGCUCGUGUGAUCGUCGUCGCCGAUGAAAGACGCCUGAAACGAUGAGAAUGGUGUGAUUAGGAUCUGCGGAUUUGAUGUAUUUAUGGCAGAAACGCGUGGAACGAAAACCGUAGAAACGGAAGAAUCGAACAGCUAUUGUUCCAUCGAUGUCAACUUAUCGCGAUUGUUAAAAGAGAACAAGUAUUUCCAUCGUGUUUCUUAGUAUUAACGUAGACAAGCCACGAUGAUGCAGUGAUUUGAGGAAAGUAUUUCCGAGACUGUGGCACGUUUGCGUCCUAUAGGGCCAAGUCUAGACGAAGUACUUUCGAGAACUGCGUACAAAAGAAUUAACAAAUGAUGAAGCUCCACCAAUUGUACAGUUGUUGAAGUCCAUUUAUCGGAGGGUCUCGUGUGUUGACAAUCUACUGAAAGGAUUGUUCCACCGAGAGCUAGGUGCUGAGACGUCGGAAACGUUAAUAACUAAGUCCUUGGAUCGAUCAUGUACCGGUUCGCAGAGACCACGGAAGACGGGUGAUAAUUAUUUUCUGAAAGGCCAUAGUCGUGAUAGUCAGUUUAACAGUCUCGCGGGACAGGGAGAGACCAGUGUGUUUUCGGUGUUCGUUUAUCGAGUAUUGUAUCAUAAAAUGUUUACCUAUGUGUUAGAAUAGUCUACGUUCGCAGAUUUUAUACGAGUAUCACAUCUGAUUGUUUAAUUGUCAAGCAUUGGCUGUGCGUACGCCCGUCAUAGAAUAUAAUAAGUGUUUUUCAUUCGUGUCGCUUCAAGCUCCCGGCGAGUUCGCGGAAUUAUAUCACCGAGGACGCGAGCUUCACGACGUAGAUUUUUGUACAUAUGUAUGUAUACCUGUGAAAGAUGUAUUAGAUUAGCGGCAGCAACUGUCCCUCGAUGUAAACAAACUCGACGUUAGCUAGUGAUUUUUCAUGUUACUGUCGGCCGCUUCCCCGGCUACUUUUUUUUUAAUAAAAGUUCGUUCACGGAAA